AUGUCUGAGUUGUCUGGCAUGUUCGACGACCCAGACAGGGCGGACAGGCCAAAUGACUUAGACGAUGAAGACGAGCCUGACGACGCGAACGAACUUUACAAUAAAGACGGGCCUAACGACCCGGACAGGCCAGAUAACAUAGACAGGCUCGACGAUCCAGACGGGUCCGUUCGGUUCGACCGAUCAUCCAUGUCGUUGGGCCUGUUCGGUCAUCUUGCUUGUCCAGGUUGUCCAGCUGGAUCCGAUGAUUCAGACGGGCACGAUGAUCCGGAUGGACCCGACGACACAGACGAGCACGAUUAUCCCGACGAGCCCUAUGACACGGACGAGCUUGACGAACCAGACGGGCUUGAUGACCCGGCUGAGCCUGACCACGCGGACAACACUAGCGACUCGAACAUGCACAACAACCCAGACGGGAGCGACGACCUGGACAAGCCGGACGACCAAGACGGGCCUAACAGGCCAAAUGACCUGGACGAUCCAGACAAAGCGAACGGACCGGACAACGAGGAUGUGCCAGACGACCUGGACAAGCCAGAUAUCAGACGGGCUCGACGAUCCAGACAGGAACGAUGA